AUGGCGCUUCCUGCCAUCUUCCGCAUGCUGCGGCCUAAAACAUUCCUCUACCUGAUCUCGCUGCGCACCGGAACCGAGAUGAUUGCCUUGACGCUGCUUAUCAACAAGGUCUCAGGCAUCUACGGUCUCCUUGCCAUUCUUACCGGCUACCACCUCUCCUGGCUGCAACUCACCAUGUACAUCUACUCGAUCGGUGUACUCGCCGCCCUCUGCUAUCUCUCGCCGCAUAUCAAGCGCCAAAGCCCAUUACAAUGUCUCGCCCUCGCCUGGCUAUAUGUGAUCGACUCUAUUAUCAAUGCCUCCUACACCGCUCUCUUUGGUACCACUUGGUUCCUAAUGCUUGCCCGCCACAUCAACGACCCCGCGCCCAGUGACAACAGCAAGCUUCCCGGUGGAGCGAUGAUGAACGAUACCGCAGGAUUCACCAGCCCUGAAGUCAACGCCUCUCGCGUUGAGGUUGUCGCAACCCCUGCUAUGCCCGGACAAAACGCUGUCGCUGCCGGCAUCAAUGACGGUUCCGCUCUCGGACACGCAGUCUUCCAAUCUGGUAGCAUUGCUAGCAUUACUGUCAUCAGCACGCUUUGGGCUAUUCGCAUCUACUUCUGCCUGGUCGUUAUGGCAUACGCUCGUGGCGUGCUACGCCAACACAUUCUUAUGACCUCUUCGAACAACUUCGGCCUGCACGGUGGCUCUGAGCGUACCGAUUUGGCAGAAAAUCCCUUCCGUGAGGGCCGCGAGGAGGGUGAAGGCUGGAAGGGUCGUCUGGGCCGCAUCAUGACUUCAGUCGGAAAGAGAUACUGGCUCGGCAAGGAUGACGAGGAUGAGUGGGUACGUGGUACUGGCGAACGCUUCACCAACAAGAAGCGUCUCAAUAUCAGGGUUCCUGAACCCGGCGUCGGCGAGCGUGAAAGAAGAGCUAGAAGUGGCACAGGACCACCGCCUAUGUUGAAGAAGCAGGAGACUUCCUGA